GCUGCUUAAGAGGCCUCUUCUAUUCAAGCCCUGCCUACUCAGAGGGUGGGUCCUCUACCCAGGUAGAGGGGGAAGGGAUGGAGCCCCACACCUGGCCCCCUGCUCCCUAGACGUGUCCACAGAAACUGGGGAAGACCCAAUGUAUCCCGAGACCAGAGAGACCUUGCUUCUGCUCUGCUCAUUUCCAAGGCCAAGGGCUCCAUAGCCGCUCCUCCCUCACACCGUGUCUGUGGCCAGAAGCGUCCAGACUCAGGGGACCCCUUUCUCCUGGACCUUGGAACAAUGAACCUUUGGAGGUGACCUAGGAGAGAAGGGAUGCAACCUUUUGGUCCUCCAGAUGAGCGUCCCCUCCGAGGACUUGUGGAGUCCCGCAUUGAGACUUAUGGGGGCCAGCAUCGGGCUUCGGCCCAGAGUACUGGCAGCAAUCUCUAUGCCCGAAGAGGCCUCGUGCUGGAUCCCUGUCGCCUACGCCUCCAGGACUAUGUCCCCUUUGCCAAGAGCUCUGGCCAGACCCGAAUCCUGUCUCCCAUGAGGUUUCGAGAACCAGAGCCUGAGAAAAGGCUUGGAAGCCCUUUUGGGGCUGGCCCACCUCACUCCCCCAAACUCAAGGAAGUCACCAAGGCCCAUGAGCUGGAGAUGAGGCUGUAUACGUUCAGCAUGUUUGGGAUGCCCCGCCUGCCUCCUGAGGACCGGCGGCACUGGGAGAUAGGAAAGGGCAGCGACAGCGACCUGACCAUUGAGAAGUCCUGGAAGGAGCUGGUGCCUGGGCACAAGGAGAUGAGCCGGGAGCUUUGCCACCAACAGGAAGCACUCUGGGAGCUACUGACCACAGAACUGACCUACAUUCGAAUGCUCAAGAUCAUGACCGAUCUCCUAGCCGCUGGUUUGCUGAACUUGCAGCGCGUAGGGCUGCUGAUAGAAGUGUCAGCUGAGACCCUGUUCGGAAAUGUCCCCAGCCUGAUUCGAGCCCACCGGAGCUUUUGGGAAGAGGUGCUAGGGCCUACCCUGGGGAAGACUCGAGCCUCUGGCCAGCCUCUGGAUCCUGUCAGCCUGCAGGACGGUUUCCUGGCGAUCAGCCAGCGGUUCCAGCCCUAUGUCCAGUACUGCCUGAGAGUGAAGCAGACCAUGGCUUACGCCCGGGAGCAGCAAGACAAUAACCCUCUCUUCCGUACCUUCGUGCAGUGGUGUGAGAAGCACAAGCGCUCAGGGAGGCAGAUGCUGGGUGACUUACUCAUCAAGCCCCACCAGCGCAUCACCAAGUACCCACUGCUGCUACAGGCCGUGCUCAAGAGGACCCCUGAGGCACAAGCCCGCCAGGCCUUGAACGACAUGAUAACAGCUGUGGAGUCUUUCCUGCAACACAUCAAUAAGCAGGUCCGCCAGGGCGAAGAUCAGGAGAAUUUGGUGGCGGCAGCCCAGCGCAUUGGGCCCUAUGAGGUGCUGGAGCCGUCCAGUGAGGAGAUGGAGAAGAACCUGCGUCCUUUCUCCAACCUGGACUUGAUGUCCCCCAUGCUGGGGGUUGCUCCUGAGCACACCAGGCAGCUGCUGCUGGAGGGACCUGCGAGAGUGAAGGAGGGGCGAGAAGGGAAGCUGGACGUGUACCUGUUCCUCUUCUCUGACGUGCUCCUGGUGACCAAGCCUCAACGCAGGGCGGACAAAGCCAAGGUUAUCCGCCCCCCCUUCAUGCUGGAGAAGCUUGUGUGUCGACCACUCCGGGACCCUAACAGCUUUCUGGCGAUCCACCUCACUGACUUCCAGUGCGUCUCCAGUGCCCUCAUCGUGCACUGUCCCAGCGCUGCAGACCGUGCCCAGUGGCUGGAGAAGACCCAGCAGGCCCAGGUCACCCUGCAAAAGCUGAAGGCACAGGAAUAUGUCCAACAGAAGAGGGAACUCCUGGCCCUCUACAGGGACCAGGACCAGGAGUCUCUGAGCACCAGGCCCUCCACGCCUUCCCCAGAGGGCUCUCAGAGCAGCGUGGAAGGGAGGAAUUCUGAGUUCUGCACCGUCAUCCCCCACCUGGUGGUGACGGACGACACGGAUGAAGACAUUCCCUCGGUACCAGAUGACACCUCAGACUCUGGCUACAGCACUCUGAUCCCAGUCUCCCCCAAGGAGUCCCACUCCCCACUGAGCCGGCUGCGCCCGUGGGCCCUUCGGCGGCACCCCGGCUUCACCCUCUCCGCCCUGGACCUCCGGGAUGUUACUUUGCGCCCCCAGCCUCCUGACCCCCAAGCUCCCCAGCGCCGAAGCACCCCUGAACUGCCAGGGGAAGUUAUCCGAAGAGGAAGCAGUCUUCCCAGGGGAGAGCGGCCCGCCUGGUCUGAGGAAGAAGAUGGGACCUCGGUGAGGAACGUGGUAGUGGAGACCUUGCAUAGGGCCCAGCUUCGGGGGCAGCUCCCACACUCCCCGACCCACGCUGACUCUGCUGGGGAAAGCCCCUGGGCAUCCUCAGAGGACGAGGAAGAAGAGGGGCCCCUCUUCCGGAGACCCUCCCCUGGCCCCCUCAGUGCUGAGGACAUGCUCAGAGAGAUCCGGGAGGAACUGGCCAGCCAAAGGAUCGAGGGCAGCCCGGAGCCUGGGGACAGCGGGCCUCGGAAGCUGACUCGGGUCCAAUUGCAGAGGAUGCGUGGGCCCCACAUCAUACGGUUGGACACCCCCCUGUCCACAUCAGAGGUGUGAGCAACACGCAGGACCUUUGGUUUGGCAUUGCUUCCCGAGGAAAUCUCUCUCCCAAGAGUGCUGGUCACCACCACCCCGCCCCCCAGGACUGCACCUCAAGGUCCACACUCCCCAUGAGGAAGCCUGGCCCGGGAUACCUGGGCUUCCUACUCUAAGAACUCUGGGGAUCAAGCACUGUACAUUGUGUACCAUAGACACCGAAGCCCCACAUAAAGUUGUGCAUAAAAAUGA